UUAUUGCGGUGUAUAUUUAUACAUAUACAUAUAUAUAUUUUUUUUCUUUUUAAUGAGAAACAGAGAAACAGACUACGAACGUUGUCCAUUCGUGGUCGUAAUUUCAGCUCUAUAUAAUGCUGUUGUAUUUGUAUUAUAUUUUAGAGUUUAGAUAUCUCCGUAGACUUGCUCAGUAAGAAUAUUUUGUCAGUCUUAAUUUAUUUUAAGUUGUACGCUUAAAAUACAUUUUUAAACCUCAUGUUAGCGUGAGAAUAGUCAAAUUUGACCGGGGUCUACCUUGUCAUACAUUUAUUUAUUAUUUUUUUUUUUUACUGAAAAAUAUUACAUUUGCCACUAUGAGGGUUGUGGCUUUAAUAAGUGGUGGAAAAGACUCUAUUUUCAGUAUAAUGCAAUGCGUUGCUGCUGGUCAUGAAGUAGUAGCUUUGGCAAAUUUAUACCCCGUUGGAAAAGAUGAGCUGGACUCAUUUAUGUAUCAAACAGUAGGUCAUCAAGGUAUAGAAUAUGUUGGAAAAGCUAUCGGAUUACGAUUAUAUCGAGAGCCUACUUUUGGAAAAUCUUGUAUGAAAGAGAAAUAUUAUUCUCCAACUAAAGAUGAUGAAGUAGAAGAUCUUUAUCGAUUAUUAUCAAAAGUUAUGGAAAAAGAAAAUAUUGAUGCUGUUGCUUCAGGUGCUAUUCUUAGUGAUUAUCAAAGAAUCCGGGUGGAAAAUGUAUGUAGCAGGUUAGGGCUUAUAUCUCUUGCAUAUUUGUGGCGUCGAAAUCAAGACGAAUUAUUAAAAGAAAUGAUUGAAUGUUCAUUAAAUGCUGUUUUAAUAAAAGUUGCAUGUCAAGGACUUGAACCUAAACACCUCGGUAAAUCAAUAUCAGAAAUGCAACAUAAUUUAACCAUACUUAACGAUAUGUACGGAGUGAACGUGUGCGGAGAGGGAGGAGAAUAUGAAACAUUUACAUUAGACUGUCCGCUUUUCAGUAAAAGCAUUGUAAUAGAUGAGUAUGAGAGUGUUGUACAAUCAAAUGAAAAAAUAGCUCCAGUUGGGUAUUUAAAUUUCAAAAAAAUUAAAUUACAAGACAAAGAGGGUGAACUAGAAAAUUUGACACUCGAAGAGAGACUAAAGAACAUUCCUAUAAAAACUCCUUAUGACUACAUUGCCGAAAUCGUAGGACCAGAGUUACAAGACGGUUGUAAUCUAUCAGAUAGUGAUAACGAAGACAAAGAAUGUGACAAUAAAAGUAUAAAAUCAUCAAAUUCAGGUCCUUUAAAUCCACCAAGUCCGACUGAAAUAAAAUAUGAUGAUGAUGAUUACCCUGAUAUGCCAAUUUCUAAUAGAAAUCAAAAUGGAUGGUUUUGGUUUGGUGGAAUUACUAGCAAAAAUGAUGAUUCACAACAAGCAAUGGAGGAAGCUCUAGAUAAAUUAAGCAAUCUAGUCAAAAAAGAAGAAAUUGAAUUGACAAAUAUUGUUGCAGUAACGCUUUAUGUUCGAGAUAUGUCUAAGUAUCCUCUCAUAAAUCAGGUAUACGCCUCCAGAUUGGGCCAAAGCAAUCCACCGGCUCGUGUUUGUAUUGAGUGCCCUUUGAACGUUCAUGUAGUUCUCGAUGCAUUGGCCUAUAAAGAAGUAGAAAAAAGUAGUGAAGAAACAGUACUGAAGAGACAUACCAUGCACGUACAAAGUAUAAGUCAUUGGUCUCCUGCAAAUAUUGGACCUUACUCGCAAGCAAUUCGGGUAGGGCAUAUAAUUGCUGUAGCUGGACAAAUUCCUAUGGUACCAGGUAAUUUAGCGAUACUUGAUUUAAAUAUAAAACGACAAUGUCGACUUUCUUUGAGACACAUUAACCGAAUUGUAAAUGCAAUGGAUUCAUCAACUCAAUUAAGAGAUAUAGUUCAAGGUAUAUGCUUUUUAACUCAUCCAAGUUAUAUACCCGAAGCUAGAAAAGAAUGGGAGAAACGUACAAAUAAUGCAAUUGUUGAUUAUAUUGUUGUACCUAAUCUUCCUCGCGGUGCUCACGUCGAAUGGUGUGUUUGGGCUCAUAGGCAUAACAAUAGAUUUGAAUAUGAAGAAACUGGUAGAUGUGUUGGCAAUUAUAAAGUUGCAAUUCGACGAAGAUGGAAUUAUGAGAAUGACGUUUCGGCAAUAGUUUGUUAUUUAUCGACGAGGUCGUCCAAUUCCACUGGAAACUUGGCAACGGAAACUUCACUUAAUUCUCCUGAAUUAACGGACGCUGAAUUAAAUGAAGCUUUUGAAUAUUUAUUAGCAAAGCUAACGAAAGAAUCGCGUACUGAAAAUCCAACUUGUAGUUUACGAAUUUUUUAUAAAAUUGGUAGUUCACCUACAUCUUCUAUGAUCCAAAGGGUUCUUGGUAACUUUUCAAGUAGGAAUCUAGUCACGACUAUUGUACCAACAAUUAACUUGCAUAAUUUCAGUACCUUUUUGUCCAUAUGUGGUAUCAGACAUGAAUAAUUUCAAGUUUACUACUACCUCGUCAGUUGGUCAAUUUAUUAAAAAUAUAUUAAAAAUAAAAUAAAUAUUUGAAACAGAAUUGCGAAAUAAAUGAAUAAAUAUUAUUAAAAUCAAACGCAUUAAUAUUAAAUUUAUUAUUGUAAUUGAAAUUAUUGUGAGUUUUAUAAAUCAAUUGUUUAUUUUCAGCAAAAAAAUAAAUUUUCAUGUCAAUUAUUUUUUUGUUAUAAUUUUUUUUUUUAACAACUAGAGAUUUAAUUAAAACUAAGAAU